GGCAAAGCAGUUUAGAGUUCAGUGUCAUUUCCGUAGAAAUUGCGUUGAGGUUGAGUUUGCAUUAUUUUUCGUGAGGCUUGCGGUGCGUGAAAAAAAAUUAAAAAGCGGAGAGUUCUAAUCGAGCAAAUUAAAUAUUUGUGUUAAAUACUUUUCCGUAAACGCAAACAGCAUCAACAAAUAUGGUUGGAUCACGCGUUUAUGUGGGCGGUUUGCCGUACGGAGUUCGUGAGCGCGAUUUGGAGCGCUUCUUUAAGGGCUACGGCCGCACUCGUGAUAUACUCAUCAAGAACGGCUAUGGCUUCGUGGAAUUUGAAGAUUAUCGUGACGCAGACGAUGCCGUCUACGAACUAAACGGGAAGGAAUUACUAGGGGAACGUGUGGUUGUUGAACCCGCCAGAGGCACAGCGCGCGGCAGUAAUCGAGACCGCUAUGACGAUCGCUACGGCGGGCGACGCGGCGGCGGCGGACGCUAUAAUGAUAAAUCAUCCUCCCGCUAUGGACCGCCAUUGCGCACUGAGUAUCGUUUGAUUGUGGAGAAUUUGUCCAGCCGCGUUAGCUGGCAGGACCUGAAAGAUUACAUGCGCCAGGCUGGCGAAGUCACCUAUGCUGAUGCCCACAAGCAGCGUCGCAACGAAGGCGUGGUUGAGUUUGCCUCUUUGUCGGACAUGAAGACAGCCAUUGAGAAGCUGGAUGACACCGAGUUGAAUGGACGUCGCAUUCAUUUGGUCGAGGAUCGUCGUGGCGGACGCAGCGGCGGAGGUGGCGGCGGCGGCGGUGGUGGACGUGGACGUUCCCGUUCAUCUAGCUCUCGCUCACGUUCUCGCUCCCGCAGGCGUUCUCGCUCUCGUCGUUCGUCGCACUCGCGUUCCAAGUCGCGCAGCCGAUCCAAGUCACGCGGUGGUCGCUCCAAAUCAAAGUCGCCAGUCAAGUCGCGUUCCCGCUCACGCUCGCGUUUUUCAAACAAAUCUCGUGAUGUGUCCAAGUCAAAGUCAAAGUCCCGCUCUCGCACUCGCUCCCGCUCGCCUAAGCGCGACUCUCACUCCCGCACACGCUCGAACUCAAAGCGUGAGUCGCGAUCUCGUACUCGCUCCAAGUCAGAUCGCCACGAUUCGCGUUCACGCGAUCGCUCGGCAUCAGCUGACAACAAAUCCCGUUCGCGUUCUCGUUCACGCUCAGCAUCGGCAAAGAAUGGAAAUGCCUCACCGGAUCGCAACAACGAAAGCAUGGACGAUUAGAUUAGUUAGCUGUCCCAUUAUAAUAAUAUAAAUAUGAUUUUAGAUUUCGACAAUUUACUCUAGAAAACCCAACAUAUACAGACACCUAAUCCACCAAAAUAAUUCCUUGCUGCAGCAAAGCCGAACCCUAAAACAUCAGGAAAGCUAUUGCUAGCAAGUGCAAAGAAUAAUGAAGGCAAACUUUGAACAUUUUUUAAUCCACUACCAGGCAUAGUGAACAUUUUUUUAAUAUUUAAAAAUUAUGUUUAGGCAUUUCUUUGACAUUGAAAUGGAAUCGCAAUCCCGAAUGUAUUUUCAUGUUGAAUACCAGAGAUUCGAUUCCAAAACAAAUAAGAAGACAGACAAACACAAACAAACUUAAAAGGUCGAAAAUUGUCCAUAGCUUAUAAUAUCUUUUGCAAUCCGGGCAAUUUGAAUUCUUGCCUAUCAAAAACUGUUUAAACCAAAAUAUCACAUUUUGUCUAUAUAAAAAGGUCUACUUCAAUAAAAACUGAAUGAAAACAUUUAAAAAUAAUGUAAAGAGAA